GAUAUUUUUAUUUAGUAAAACCAAAUCCUCUCUCACGCUUGUGAGGAAAUCAAGGACUGAAUGUAUCACGUGAGCUGGUUUGACCAAUCACCGCUUGAGUUCUGAACUGAAGUGUAUAAAUAUGAGGCGGUUGCCCAUAGAGACGUCCGCCAUUGAAGACUCGUUUUCAAUGUACUUGAUAUUGGUAAAACCGUGUGUUGUUUUUUUAUAUUAUUUGUUAGCAAACUAAAAACAGCAACAUUUUUAUCCACCGCAUCAUCGGCGACAGUUUCAUUUGGCAUCCUUCAAGCAGAACACGGUCGGCAAAGAACGUCUCUCAGUUCGGCAGUAAUAACAAUCUUGUUGUGCCAGAGACGGAAAGGUAAACGUGAAAAGAGGUCAGGGAUAUAUAACGUUAACACAUUGCAUUUAAUCAGCUGGUUACUUUCUGUGUAUCUCCUUAUAACGUUGAUAUGGAAGGCUUGUGUGUGUGGCGGAGCUGUUUCAAGUUUGAGCGGUUGGCCUCCUUUUUGUGUGGGCCCUUGACACGGAAAUCGUUUCCUGUCACCAUUUUGUUACGUAAAGCUAACUAGCAUUGCUAACAAGCUAUAACUAACGUUAGCCGACCAAGAUUCGCUUGUCACAUUCACUGCGAAAUCUGAGCCAUGUUCAGGAUUCAAACUUUAGCGACAAGGUAGAAUUUCAUAUUUGUUGGCUGGGCGAAGCUUUCGUUUUUUGGUACGAAAGUCACGUUGUAAAUUAUCUCACGCGCUAGCCACCACAUUUCGGUCCAACCACGUUGAUUGCGUCAUGCAAGCAUGGAGUUGACCAAUAAUGCUCACAAACUAUAGCUCACUAACGUUUGUUACCUUCAACAAUGUAACAUUUGACGAACGUUAGCUAGCUAGUCUGAAACGUGUUGUAGCUGACUAAGGUUAGCUAGCUAUGUACAGUAGGGGUAAAGUUCUCCGUUACUGCGACGGAUUUCCGUCAUUCAUUCUGAAGAGGUCGUUUUUUUCAGUGUAGAUCUGCAAUAACAUUAUCGGGGGGGCUGGUUUGGAGACGACUGUCUAAUACCAACAGGAGCACGUCUGUUCUACAAAAUGUAUUACAAAACGUCUCAAAUUUGAUUUGGUCUGUUACGCUGUGUGGACUGAACUGGCAUGCAUGAUUUCUGCUGACAUUCCCAUAUUCAGAUGAAGGGAAUUAAUUAAAUAGUUUUAACGCGCACCAACGCGGUGCUUAACUCACACAGCGGUGUGUAAGAGCCAGUAAAUGCUUGGACCGAAAAUGUGGUCGGAGCACGCAGAGGCCUAACGUUAAUUUAACUCCAUACUGCUUUGCCGUGUGCCGCUCAAAUGGUGUAACAAUGCGGAGGGCUCAGUAUAGCUCCGCAUUGACAUGAUUUGGUUGAUGGUAGUAGGCGAGAGGUCCUGUAUAAACACCAACUUCCUUCACAGCAGCACUGCUCUGCGAAGGCCAAGAAGUAUGCUGCACAGCCAGUGCAGACGAAGGAAUACCCACGUAGCGCCUUGAUCAGUGUCAUUGCAUUCUGGAACGUCAGAAGUACAUUCAUUUCCAAUGUAGUCUUGGAGGAAGAUGUGUGAUGAGAGCUGAGCUACGGAAAAUAAGUGUCGUUCUCAACUGCUACCCUGUGUCCACCGCGCUUUGGACUGCAUCGCGAUGACAGACGCCAAAUACCCUUCUGUGUCCAGGGUGGGAGGCGUGAACCCUCCUCCGCCGAAGUUCAACAACCCAAAGAAACCCGGUCGCCAAACCAACCAGCUGCAGUACCUGGAGAAGGUGGUGGUCAAGGCCCUGUGGAGACACAACUUCUCCUGGCCUUUCAGAACGCCUGUUGAUGCUGUCGGACUGCACAUUCCAGAUUACUAUACAAUUAUCAAGACGCCAAUGGACUUGAGCACCAUCAAGAAGCGUCUUCAGAAUAAUUAUUACUGCAAGGCGUUGGAAUGCAUACAGGACUUCAACAAACUCUUCACCAACUGCUAUGUAUAUAAUCGGCCUGGAGAUGACAUAGUUCUGAUGGCCCAAGCCUUGGAGAAGAUCUUCCUACAGAGAGUGGCUGAGAUGCCCCAGGAAGAGACUGAGAUAUCUGCCAUCACAACCAAGACACCAGUGAAGGGUGGGAGGAAGUCCUCCUCUGCUAGUGUGGUGAAGCUGAGGCCCCAGUCCCCUGUGUCUGAGGUGGUGUUCCAGCAGACAGUGACAGUCAUCCCUCCUGAGGCCCUCCACACCGUCCCCCCUGCUGCCCAGCUCUCCUCACACAUAGCAGCCAAAAUCAAGAAGGGUGUGAAGAGAAAAGCAGACACCACCACGCCGACAGCCUCUGCUCCGAUCACCAGCUGCGAGUCGUCCCCCGUCAUUGAUGGCUCGACGGCCUGUAAGCUGUUCUCCAGGCGGGGCAGCGGUCGGCCCAUCAAACCCCCCAGAAAAGACCUGCCGGACUCUCCCCAGCACCACCAGAGCAAGAAGAGGAAGCUCUCUGAUCAGCUCCGCUUCUGUAACUGCAUCCUGAAGGAGAUGUUCACCAAGAGGCACGUGGCUUACGCCUGGCCCUUCUAUAAGCCGGUGGAUACGGAGGCCCUGGGUCUACGCGACUACCACGACAUCAUCAAGCAGCCCAUGGACCUGGGCACCAUACGGAAAAAAAUGGACGAACGUGAGUACAUGGAUGCCCAGGAGUUUGCUGCUGAUUUCAGACUCAUGUUUUCCAACUGUUACAAAUACAACCCACCCACCCACGAAGUUGUUAUUAUGGCAAGAAAACUCCAGGAUGUGUUUGAGGCACGCUGGCUGAAGCUUCCAGACGAGCCAGUGAGGAGUGCGGGUGAUCCAGGUCACCACAGGGACAAGAAAGCGAGAGGCGAUGGGCCUGAGCGCUCUUCCAGCACAGGCAGCAGUGACAGCGAGAGCUCCUCUGAAUCGGAGUCCUCCUCUGGCACGGAGGAAGAGGAGGAGGAAGAGGAGGCCAGAGUUCUACGUCUGGCUAAACUAGAGGAACAGUUGAAAGCGGUGCACGAUCAGCUGCAGAAACUCACCCAGGAGCCCCUGCUCAAACCAAAGAAGAAAGAGAAAUCAAAGGAGAGAAGAAAAAAGAAGGAAACGAGUAGUAGACCGAAGCAGGAAGAAGACCUGAGGAAGAUCAAACCUAAAGUACAGCAGAGGGGCAUCAAUAAGGGCGCGUCUGCAGUGCACGGCAAGAGGAGGAAGAUGGCACUCCCAAUGGUGCCCUACAAGUCUGAUGAGGAAGAGGUGCCAGCGGUGCCCAUGUCAUACGGUGAGAAGAGGCAGCUGAGCCUGGACAUCAACAAGCUUCCGGGGGACAAACUGGGCAAGGUGGUGAACAUCAUCCAGGCCAGGGAGGCCUCGCUCAGAAAUGCCAACCCUGAGGAGAUCGAGAUCGACUUUGAGACCCUCAAGCCCUCCACCCUCAGGGCCCUGGAGAGCUUUGCCAUGACCUGCCUCAGGAAACGGCCCAAGAAACACAACCUGAAUAAGCUGGUGAAAACCAAAGGACCAAUACAGACUGUGAAGAAGCAUGAUGCAGAGAAACAUCUCCAGAGUAUUACUGAAGAAAUGAGCUCACUCGAAAAGAAGAAAAAGACAACAAAUGGGCUCCCCAGGGCUCCUGCUGUCCCAGACCUGGCCCAGCCAUCCCGUCUCCGUGAGGGCAUCAGCUCUGACAGCUCCAGCAGCAGCAGUAGUAGUGAUUCUAGCAAUUCUGAUAGCAGUGACUCUGAUUCAGUGAAGAAAACCAAUAAGAAAAGCAAAGGUUCUCCACACAAAGUCAAGACCAAGUCUAAAAAUAAGAAAUCUGAGAAGAAAGACUCAUCGUCGGAGUCUUCUCUCCAGACCAGCCAGCCCCCGCCUGCCUCUCCACCCCCUGCAGCCGUCACUAAAGGCCAGUCUACACAGCAGUACCCAGCCCAGCCUCCUCUAGAUCUGCUCAUCUCACCCCCAGCCUUACACAGCCGCCUGCCUCCGCAGCCUUCAAGACCUAGUUCCAAAGCAGCACCACUACCUCGCAAAAACAUGGUGGCCCCCCAGCAGCUCACUGACAGUCAGCCCCAACAACAAGACCCCCUAUCUGAGAGCCCUACUACCCCCUCCCUCACUCCCCCUUCUGCCUCCUCCUGUGACCCCUCCCUGACUCUAACUCUGCCCACAGACCCUCUCAGCACAACACCCACCCCCACACAAGAACCUCCUUCCAGCCUACGCUGUUUGCCCCAGCCCUCUCCCCUAGCACUCCUCACCUCUCCUCAGUGUCAAUCACCAGGCCAGACACAGGAGGUGAAAACUGGGCCAGUUUAUCUCAAUCUACCUGAUAGGGCACAACAGGAAGGUCUGUCUGCGCUGCUGUCCCCUCUGACCUCUCCUCCUGUAGGUUUACUACAGGCUGCUGGCAGCAGAUAUGAGCAGCUGUACCCAGUGCUGUUGUCCCCUCUACAAGACAGCCCAUUACAGCCUGUGAAGGAUGACAGGAAGCCCUCGGAAGCACUGGAGGAGACUCCCUACAGGAAGCUGCAGAAACAGACUAAUACCAGACACUCUGACAGUGUGUUUGAUGGUGGCAACACCAGCCUCUCUCAUCCAGCUAAUAAAACCACUGCUGACGGGAAAAAAACGCCUGCCAAAAAGGAUAUUGUCCUGAAGAACGCAGACUCCUGGGCUAGUCUGAGGAAGAUGUCUCUUUCCACUCCCUCUACGGUGAGGUCAUCGAAGGAGAGCUUUGAUAAGUUUCGCAGGGCAGCCAUAGAGAAGGAGGAGAGAGAGAAAGCUCUGAUUCUAAGGAGGAUGCAGAUGAAGGAGAUGGCUUCUGGGAAGAGCAGCCUGACUAUGCCAGUAUCGGUGCCAGUAUCCGUGCCACCUAGAGCAGCAGAACCGGAGCCCCUGCCCUGUAGAACUCCAACCCCAGAGCCAGCAGAGAUCCCCCUGCAGACAGAGGCCAUCGCGGAGCCUCCGCCUCCUAAGGCUCCAGAGGCCCUGAGAGAGGAGCCUCCAGCCACUGCCCCAACCCCACCUCCGCCCCUCACUACUCAGACCUCUGUGGACAGGGAGAGGGAGAUGGCCCGCAGGAGAGAACAGGAGCGACGCAGACGGGAGGCUAUGUCUGGUAUCAUUGACAUGACCAUGCAGAGUGACAUCAUGGCAACGUUUGAGAAGAACCUGGACUAAAAUAAAAUGGCAGCAGGCAGUGCAGCUUGUGACUGACUGAUGUCUUCUGUUAUUGGACAAUAAAUAAAUGAGCAUGGUGUUCCAGUAGACAGCACCCUAGGCUUCUUCUCCCUCCAGACACUGGCUGUCUGAACAGAGCGAGCUGCAUCUAAAUUAAGGAAACGGGUCAUUGUUGCUUCCCAAAUUACAUUCCUACCCCCUAUAUAGUGCACUACUUUGGGCUCUGGUCAAAAUGAUUACAUUACAUAGGGAAUAGGGUGCCAUUUGGGACAGCAUAUUACUAUCCUUACCAGGGGAAGCUUGUACUAUACUAUAGCAGCAUCACAUAACAUAACCCCAGUACAUUUUAGUAUUGUCAACUGUAAGAAGAUACUGUAAGAUGUAAAAUAUUGAUAUUGCAACAAAAAAAACACAAUGGACCAUAUAUAGAUGGCAUUUGACUUUCCUUUUUUUACUCAUGCUGGUGGUGGUUUUGUAAAUAUCUGCUGCACUGAAGUAAUGCUUACCUCUUAGAGAGAAAGACUAAGUGAAAAGUUAGCAAAAUGAAGCUGUUGAAAAAAAUAAAUGUUGAAAAUAAGUUGUUUUUCCUCCAACACGUAGAGUCCUCUGUUCCUUUUCACCUAGGUUACUUCCCAAAUGGCAUCCUAUUGCCUUUGUAGUGUAUUACUUUUGACCAGGGCCCAUAGGAUCUUGUAAAAACUAGUGCACUGUAUAGAGAAUAGGGUGCCAUUUGGGACACUACAUGGUGAGUCGUCCUCCAAUGACUGCAGUACACAUCAACCGGUUCACACACUUCUUAACAUUCCAACUCUUUGACUUGGCUGAAAUGCAUAACCUGACCUUUGUGUUUGCUACACUCCCAAAUAGUAAUACUAUGUAUAUCCAUGUACUGCACUGUAUAGUUUCUCCAGUUAUAGUUCUUAUCUUCAUAUUUCAUUCAUCGUUACAAUUCUGCACCUUUUUGUGGAAAAAUCUUCAAUAUGAUGCGCUGAAUUUUACAAUGCAUGUCCUAUUUGAUUGACUUAAGUAAAAAAUGUCUUUCUGUUCCAAACAUAUUUUUGUUUAUCUGUAUGAAAUCAUACUUAGUAUUUUGUUACACGGAGGCUGAAGAUGUGUCGAUCUUUGCCAAAAUGUCAUUUCAAAUGUGGGACUUAUUUAAAACCAUAUACUUGUUUUGAGUUUCUGCUUGAAAAAGUUUAAGUGCCAUGUAUAGUGGUGUGCUUAUAGCAAACUUUAGGCAUUGAUGAUGCCUACAUUGUUGGCUUUUUCUAAUCAAGAUCCAAUCCUGACUAAAUGUUUUGGGAGACAUGUAAGACUUUGUUAAUGUUUUUUUGAUCCUAUGGUUCUAGCUAUUCUGCAGUUUUUUUCACUCUUUGACAUGAACAGUAGCACUUUAUUCUGUAUCUUGUGGUAUGAGUGAAUGUCAUACCAUUUAUAGAGAAAGAACUAAUAUACUUUUGAGAAGAUCACACUCUAAAAGCUAAAUCAUAAAAAGAUUUUCAUUGAA